AUGGCAGAGAAAACAACCAAAACGAUCAAUGAAAUCUCUAAGAGCACCAGCGAGUGUCCAGUGACCAGGGUGACAGUUUACAAAGAUAGAGCUGAGGUGUGUCGUGAGCUGGAGGUCACUGUGGCAUCUGGGGUCAAUGAACUUCAUAUCAAGGAGUUUGUGGCUAUUGAAGAGGAUUCAGUUAGAGUUGAAGGAAAAGGAAAUGCCACCAUUGCUGAAGUGAGCUACCAGCGGAAAUAUGUCACGGAGGAAGAUGCAAAUGUUACAGAGAAAGUCAAACAGUUGAAAGAUGAGUUGAAGAAACUGCAGGAUGAAAAGAAAGCUCUGGACUUUGAUGCCAAAAAAGAAGCUUUAACAAAACGGUGGCAAGUUCUUGACAACUUUGCAGUCUCUGCAGCAAAGCAUGGCCAGCCAGAAGAUGACAAAACUUUCAAGCUUGACUCCACCUACUUUAAAGGUUUAAAAGAUUUCCUGCAGCAAUACAAGGAAAUUGGGAGCCAGUUGGAGGAAGAACGCUUGGCCCUUGAGAACAAAAAUGAAGAGCUGACUAAUAAGAUUGAAGCUGCAGAGCGAAACCUGUGUGAAGUUCAGGGAGGAUUCAUUGGCGGUCAUGAAAAUAGAGAAUGUGUGGUCGUGUUGGAGGCGGAGAAGGAAACAACAGUCCAGCUCACUGUGUCUUAUGUUGUCUGGGGAGCAUCAUGGACUCCAUUCUAUGACCUGCGAAUGUUCACUGACCAGGGAAAUCUGAAGAUUUUCUACUAUGGCAUGAUCCGCCAGAGCUCAGGUGAAGACUGGAACGAUGUGAAGUUGUUUCUGUCAACGGCUGAACCAAGUAUUGGAGGGACAAUCCCAACACUUCCUACAACCCAGUUAUCUGUGAAGAAAUACAGGCCUCCACCUCCUCCUGCGGCACCAAUGCAAAUGAUGGCUAGGUCGGCACCACAUGCAAAAUUUGCAAAAUCUGCCUCCCCAGUUGCCCUGGCUUAUUGUGCUUACGACAGCCCACAAGUGUAUGAUCUGGCACCUGCUCCGGUUCAGGUGAGCGAGAGCACCACAAGCACCACGUACGAGAUUGCUCGUCUGUCUACCAUACCCAGUGACUUUACUGAACACAAGGUGACUGUAGCCAUCAUUGACCUGAAGCCAACCUUGACCUAUCUGACAGUGCCCAAGGUAGUGCCCCAUGCCUUCCUGCAGGCUAAAGUCAUCAACUCAUCUCCAUACACUCUGCUGUCUGGCAGGACAAACAUAUUCCUGGACAACAGCUUUGUGGCCAAG